UAUAUAUAUAUAUAUAUAUAUAUAUAUAUAUACAUAUAUACAUACAUUCAUGCAUAGAGAGAGAAUAUUUUCAACAUGGCUAUGGCCAAACUUGUUGCUGCAGAAUGUGGAAGAAUGAAUCCUUUAAUGGAGUUAACUAAUCGCUUUCAUGAAGGAAAUUUGCACCAGGCAGAGUUUUCAACAAGUCAUCAGGAAACCUAUUCUUUUGUUCCUCAAACUUUCAACAUGCAACUCUUACUCAAUGAAAUGCAUGGAAUUGAAAAACUCUCUAAUAUGGCUUCUGUAAAAGAGAAUCAGAGAACAGAUUGUGAGAAGAUAUCUAACGAGUGGAAAACAGAAUACUUUGAAAAAAGUUCUGUAUUAGAAAAUUUUAAAAAUGAUUUCAAGUCUCAAACUCAUGGCUUUCAGUCUUCAUUUUAUCGUCCAUCGUAUCAUCCAUUAUAUCGUCCGCUUCAUGGUAUAUACCAUAAACCAAAUAUGAAUGUACAGCAAAUCCAAUGGAGACCAGAAUGUCUCAAUGAAACUAGUAAUAUUUUGGAAGAAAAGUUUUCUGAAGAAAAUAGGACUGCUUGUGAAAUACUAACAAAAAUUGAAGAUGAAAUAAGUGCUGAGGAAGAUCAAGCGAACAAAUGGGUGCACGAAUAUGCUACAAAUUACAAUGAAAAUCCUGCUACUAUUGUUGAAGAUCUCACACAGUCUUCAGAUGGGAGUGAAGAAUAUUGGGUUAAACUUCAAGAAAAUUGGAAUGAGUUAUUCAGUCAAGAGCAAUUUCAAAAUGAAGAAGAACUGUUUUUAAAUACAUACACAGAAAAAGAUUAUCGUUUUGAAUCCAAGAAUCCAUUUGCAGGCAUCAAAAACUCCUUUGAAGAAGGUUUAACAAAGUUAAAUGAAGGCGAUUUGAUUAGUGCAAUACUGUUGUUUGAAGAAGCUGUCCAAGUGAAUCCAAGUCAUGUUGAUGCAUGGAAAUAUCUUGGAACUAGCCAAGCAGAAAAUGAACAAGAAAUGUUGGCUAUAUGUGCUUUAAAAAAAUGUUUAGAUUUGAAUCCGGAAAAUCUUGAAGCAAGAAUGGCACUUGCUGUUAGUUACACCAACGAGUGUAUGCAGACUCAGGCCUGCAACACGUUAAAAGCCUGGAUACACUAUAAUCCUAGGUACAGCCAUCUUGUUUCUGAAACGCGUAAUGAUUUAAAUGUGACAUCGAUUGUUUCAUCCUCUGUUGUAAAGGAAAUUGAGAAUUUAUUUUUAGCAGCUGCGAGAAUCUCACCGGAAGGAAAUAUAGAUGCUGAUAUUCAGAUCGGUCUUGGUGUUUUGUACAAUAUUGUAGGUGAUUAUGUCAAAGCGAUUGAUUGUUUCAACACAGGCAUUCUUGCAAGACCUGAUUCAGCUAACUUGUGGAACAAACUUGGCGCAACUUUAGCAAAUAGUGGCAGAAGCGACGAAGCAAUCGAAGCUUAUCGCAAUGCUUUAGAAUUAAGACCUGGAUUUAUUCGUUGUCGUUAUAAUUUAGGUAUAAGUUGUGUAAAUUUAAAAGCUUACCCUCAAGCAAUCGAACAUUUUCUCGUAGCUUUAAAUAUGCAAAAAAAGAAUGAAGAUCCAACCCGUACAGCUAGCACAAUGUCAGAAAAUAUUUGGUCUACGCUUAGAAUGACUUCGUCACUUCUAGGACGAAAAGAUCUUUUAUCUGCUGUUGACAGAAGAGAUUUGAAUUUUUUCAACGACGCAUUUAAAAUAAACGAAGUCUCUUAACCAAAAAAAUUUUAAAUUUAAGGAUAUUCUCAACUAUCCUAGACUUUUCAUCUCUAUUGUGUUUUAAUUAACAACACACAUUUACAUUUAUUGCGUUCUGUCUUAAUUGUAUAUUAAUGUUUAUUAGCUUGUGUAUAUAUUUUCAAAUUUUUUAAGUAAUUUUUUAAAAAAGAAA